GAGAAUCAGAGUGACCUUCCUUGUAUUUCAAAGUUGCAUCCCUUUUGUUUGGUCACAACAACAACAUUCAAAAUGGAAGACAGAUCAAGAAAAUGAACUAAGAAACCGUUUAAAUCGAUUUAGCGCCGCUUUUUAGGCAACAAACAGAAUAAAAUCAACACAAAAUGGUGUACAAGAGGUCAGAAUAUGGUCGGAACUUUAAGGUGUCGAGCCUGAUAAAAAAUGUACCAGUUUAUCAGGAGCACUUGAAUUACCGCCAGUUGCGACGAGAAAGGGAAUGUGCGCACACUCCGAUAUCAUGGGAUGGAGAGGUGGAAUCUUCGGAUAGUGACGAUAAACUUGCAACAUCUGACAAACCUACAGAUGUUCCGAUUGCUCAAAUGGCCAUUACUGAAGAAGAUGAAGAAAACGAAGAAGAAAACACACAAUCAGAAGAUGAAGACAGUGUUGCACUGGAGAAAAAAGAAGCCAUGAAAAAAGACAUUGAAAUAAAAAAUCUGGGGGCAGAAUGUUCAGAUGUUGAAAUAGUGCAACAGAGUGAAUCAUUGAGGAAAUUUGCGAAGGAGAAAUUGAAUAAAUAUUCUUCCAAAGAGAACACUGAUCAGCCUAGCAAGAGUGUACCAGACAAAAAAGUUUUUGGAAAAACUUUCCUUAAACCAAAACAAGUGGAUGAAAAAGUGUUUGUGAAGAGGCUCAAACCCCGCCGCCCGGACAGAGUUUCAAACCCAGCAGCAGCCCGACCACAGUCCGCUCCCAGUCGCAGGCCAAAGUCUGCUAGCAGCCCUGCUCCACCCCCGCAGCCAUUCCUUAACUACGGGAGUGGCAGUAAUGACCAAACACUGGGUGAUAAGAAGACAUUUAAUGUCCGGGCCUCGUCAGCAGUAUACUCUGCUGCCCUCAGGGCCAAAAAGAGGAAUCAGCUCCAGGUGGAGAAAGCACUGGAACGUCAACGAACAGCCUCUGCCCGCGAAAAGAAACGCAAGGCCAACUUCAACGAGCGCAUGGCCCGCCAGACGGCCCUCUGGGAUACGGAGUAUCGGCGGAGUUACCCUGCCUAUGAGGACACUGAAUACGCCACCUCUGAGAGGGAUCCCCGUAAAAGGAAGAGCCAAUUUUUGCCAUGAGAAAUAACAGCUUUAGUGAAUUUUCUGUUUUUGUUGUUGGUUAAAUAUAAGUAAACAUUUUAUGGAUGUAAAGUGCAUGACAGAGUCAAUCUAAGUAUCUGAUGAAGGAGUCAAUAUGAAGCAUUCAGAUUUGUAACAUUUAUGCAAUUAUCAGAUACAAAUGACAAAAGUUUCAUGCUCAACCUCCCUUUAAUAUAAUAUUAACUUGACAUAUAAAACAAGAUAUAGUUGUGAUUUUGGAUGAAAGAAAAUAAUGUCUAAAGUGAUUGUAGUGUUGUGCUAGUAUUGUAAACUUGCAUAUUAUGAUAUAUUUAAUGGUACAAGUAAUUUAUUUUGUAGGUAAGCAACAUACAAUACAUUAUCUAAAGUUUGAAUGUCUGGAAUCAAAAGUUGUUGUUACAUAUAAAUAUGUGAAUGUAUGCCGCCAAAGCUGCUUCUAAGCCAGAUAGGGAAAUGUUUUAAGUUCUUUUGAACCGUGGUUACAUGGUGCAAAAAAAUUGUAGUUAUUAAAUGGAAUCAGUUAUCAUUAAGAUAUACUAAUUUAUAUUGAAGCUAAGAUCUUGUAUUGAUUGACUAGCAGAAAUUUUGUUUUAAAGCCUCAUUAACACUCAAUAUCAACACAUAUUUUGUUAAAUAAAGUUAACCCAUAAUAAAUCAGUGUUUCUUAUAGCAAUAGCCAAAAUUUCAACACUAGAUGUGGUAAAGUUUUAACUAGAUACAACAUUCUAGAUUUUUUUGUGACAAUAUAUUCCAUGUGUAUUUCCUGCAAUGAUAUCCAACCAUUAAGAAGCGACCAUACUACAUCUAGUGUGGAAAUUUUGGCUAUUGCUAUACGGAACACUGUUUUUUUUAUGUGUUGACUUUAUUUUUCAAAAUACUUUAUGAAAUAUUUGUUUAUUUAGAGUAUUAAUGGGGCAUUUAAAUGGAAACUAAGCAAUAAUGUCUUUGAAAGAAAUAAAGUUGAAUGUAAUUUUAUCAAAUAUACAUUGUUUUGACAAGUGAAUGAAUUUAUGAAUAGAAAAUAUCUGAUUCCAUUCAAGGUUACAUUUUGUAUAUAAUAAUAUUAAGGUUAUUUAAGUGUAUUGAAGUGUAUUAAAAACCUAUGAAACACAUAUGUUUAGCUGUAGCUAGUCUAAAAUAACUGUGAUAAUUGUUAAGGAUACUCUAUCUAAUUGUGAAUAGUAGAAACUAGUAUACAUUAAGUAUAUUAAAUUUAGCUUGAAGCAUGUAGCAGGUAAAACUGUAGCUAUGUUUGAUUUCAUAUUUACUUUUUGCUUUUUUUUAGUAUUGAACUUAAAAUGAUUUUAAGUAUUUUAUUAAAGAUUUUACCCAAUUUGAGAAUGAAACAUAAGACAAGUGUUUUUAAAAUGUUAUUUUAUUGCCAAAUACUGGAUUUCAGAACCACAAUUUUAAGACAACUAAAAAUCCUCUUGGAACUGGCAAUAUUCACCUUAACAUUCCUUACCCAAAAUUUAAAUCAUACUAUCUAAGCUGCAUUGGGCUUUGUUUGGUUUUUAGUGGAUUAUUUGAGAGCGUAGUUUGUUGUUAUUUGAACAGUUUGUAUAACAUAAUAGAUGAUAAUAAAACAAUAAGCAUCUUCCAUAUAUAUGUAUGGUAUACUUGCUAAAAGAUAUGUGUUGAUAGUAAAACAUGUAUAUAUAAUAAAGGAACUUAAUAUCA